AUGAAGCAAAACAACAAUUCCCAAGAGGGCUUCAUUCUCUUGGGCUUCUCUGACAAGCCCCAAUUGGAAACUGUUCUUUUUGUGGUUAUCUUGAUCUUCUACAUCUUGAAUCUGGUGGGAAACACAAUCAUAAUAUUAGUGUCCUACCUGGACCCCAAACUCCACACCCCAAUGUACUUUUUCCUUACCAACCUGUCCUUCCUAGACCUUUGUUUUACCACCAGUGUAGCCCCACAAUUACUGGUCAGCAUGAGAAGCAAAGACAAGAGUAUGAGUUACGGUGGGUGUAUAGCUCAACUCUAUGUGGCUAUGGGGUUGGGAUCCACCGAAUGCAUUCUCUUGACUGUCAUGGCCUAUGACCGCUAUGCAGCAGUCUGCCGCCCCCUCCACUAUGCAGUCAUCAUGCAUCCUCGACUCUGUCUAUCAUUGGCUGCCACAGCAUGGCUCAGUGGCCUUGUCACCUCUCUGAUCCAAUGCUCUCUCACUAUACAGCUCCCCCUGUGUGGUCACAACCAGCUUGACCACAUCUUCUGUGAGGUUCCAGUGUUGAUCAAGCUGGCUUGUGUAGACACCACCUUCAAUGAGGCCCAACUCUUUGUAGCCAGUGUGGUCUUCCUCGUGGUGCCUGUUUCUCUCAUUCUGGUCUCCUAUGGCUACAUCACUCAGGCCAUAUUGAAGAUCAAAUCUGCAUCAGGACGUUGUAAAGCAUUUGGGACUUGUUCUUCUCACCUGGUGGUUGUAGUCAUCUUCUAUGGGACCAUCAUCUUCAUGUAUCUCCAGCCAGCCAAAAGUCGGUCCAAAGACCAGGGAAAGUUUGUCUCUCUCUUCUACACUAUAGUCACACCUCUCUUAAAUCCACUAAUCUAUACGUUAAGGAACAAGGAUGUGAAAGGGGCACUGAGAAAGCUGAUAUUGGGGAAAGCUAUUGGAAAAUAA